AUGACGACAGAUGGCGAAGGAGAUCAUACAACCACCUCACUGGAAGUUUCAGUGACACUCAAGACCACAGCCGAAUCGCCGUCUACCAUCGACAUUACCACCAGUGCAACGGGCGUCGUCUCGGAGACCGCAAUCCCUUCCGCCAUUAAUGGGAACAAUCCUGGCAACAGCAUCGAGGUCACCAGCCCAACCAUUGCAGAUGGCCAAUUGCCGUUAGAACCUCGACUUACACCGGGUGCGGGCGUUUCUGGCGCGAUUCUUAUCAUUACCGGAAUUGUCUACGCGCUGAUCGGCAUCAAAAACGGAUGGCUACACACGUUCUUCUCAACGGCCUAUCUCGCGAGUCUGAGUGUGACGGUCCUUAUUGUGUACAUUUUGGUCCCACCUAUUUCAGAUGCGAUUCAGGGCGCAUAUGUUGUGGCUGCGGUUUGCACAGGACUCAUCCUCGGCGGAGUUGCUACCGUCUUUAGGGAGCUUACCGAAGGCUUGGGAUGCCUCCUCGGCGGCUUCUGUUUCGCCAUGUGGCUGCUCACUCUCCGAGCGGGUGGGUUACUCCCUGAGACCUCUGGCAAGGUCAUUCUGAUCACAGUAUUUACCUUGGUCGGCUUUGCGUUUUACUUCAGCCGGUACACCAGACCUUACGCCCUGAUUGGCUUGACGUCUUUUGCAGGUGCAACAGUCACAGUUUUGGGCAUUGACUGUUUUAGUCGAGCUGGGCUCAAGGAGUUCUGGGUGUACAUAUGGAACGUGAACGACCAGAUAUUCCCAGCUGGAGUGUACACAUAUCCGCUAACCAAGGGCAUCCGAGUCGAGAUCGCCGUUAUCGUCGUACUCACUGUUGCAGGGGUAAUAUCUCAACUGAAGCUGUGGAGGGUUGUUCAAGAGCACCGGGCGAAGCGAGCCGAAGCGCGCGCGGAAGAGCAGAAGAAACGCGAGGAAGAAGAGGAGAACAUUGGACGUCAGAUCGAGGAAGACAACGCACGAGAAAGGCGCCAAUGGGAAAUGGUUUACGGCAACCAACCGCCGGCUAGCUCUACAGGAACCGGCGACUCGGGGGUUGGGGACAUGGAGAAUGAGAAGAAAAACCGAGUCAGCCAUACUACGGUCCAACGAGUUUCCUCGAAUGGAAGUGCGAUUGAGAUGGCCAAUCUCCCGGCUUCGGACAUGGCCACUUCUCCCGAGAUACCGUCACAGACUACAAAUGGCCUUAUGGUUGCGAACAAAAGCAAGGACAGCAAAGUGAUCAUCCGAGUGUCACCAGAGGAUGGAGAAGAUGGGGAUGACGAAGGGACUCCGAUGCCCGAAGCUGAUGAGAAGUUGUGGUUGGUUGGUGGCGACGGCGAAGCCCGGCCUCUAUCGACACUAUCAGCUCAAGAUUCGCAGAGGUACUCCAGGACGUCGGCUCCUGUGAUCACUCCACUUCCCUUCACAGUACCCGAUAUUCAUGAUGAUGAACUGGAUAGGGAUGACGAUCGUUCGUCAUUUGCGACCUUUGCAGACGAAGAUGAUCGGUCUAUGACCUUGGACAAGCGGGCUUCGCGAGGGUCACUGGCAAACAGGCUUUCUGUUGGAUCGGGCAAUCUUCUACGCAGUCUCUCCCAGCAUUCCCAUAUUUCGCAAGUCUCGAAGCGAAAGAGUGGAGAGUUAGUCUUGCCAAAAGGGGGAGAGAGCACCGAAGACCUAGUCUCGCAGAAACGCAGACCUUCUGAUGCCGAAUCGAUGGCUGCGACCGUCGACGGUAUGAGCCUGGAUGGAAGUGACCAUGUUGGCCAUGCUAAAGGCGGCGAGUCCCGGUGGUCGAGGGAGAUCAUGGCCGAGUUUGCUGACACGUCGUCGAAAGGGGAACCGACCGCCCAGUCUAAGCCCACAACCUAUGGCAAGCAUCUAGACGUUCGGCCUUACUCCACAGCUGAGACCAUUGCGACGGACAUACUGAACUCAUCUACCUUGGGUGAGUCAGCCGGUAGCAAGUCGAAGCGAAGCAGUACAACGAACGGCGUUGGCAAGACGGAAGUCAGCCACGACAAUGGCAACCCCACCGAUACGUUAGGUACUGAGGCUCGCUCUGAAGGCUCGAAAGAUCAAAAAUCCGUUGCCCGCUCGGUGGCGUCAGGCAGCGGGAGUCUUACGAAGGAUAGACUUCCCUCCGGACUAUCCCGCGUAGCAUUGUCAUACCGCACCAAUGAGUGGGCAAAGCACCUGAGUGUUGCAGAGGCGCCAGAACCGGAGAAUAUACAACUCAACGAACAUCCCGAAAAGCAGAAAGUUGUGGAACAAGAGAAGGAAGCGUCAGUAUCGGUUAAUGUUGAUGAGCUUCAACAAACGCCCGCGACCGGCAUUGCGCCAACGAUCAAAAGGUCUCCUUCGUCAAUGUCGAACGUCCCACCAGUGGCCGCACCGGUACAUCGCUCUACAUCAACAACAUCGCUCCAACCACCUUCCUCAAAUGGUCCGUUAUCGGCUCUCCAGAUUCCUCCCCACGAGGCACCUAACUCCAGCGCUCGGUCGAGUCCUGUCCAGGCUGUGUCACCAAAUCCUCUGUCUACGAGUCACAGCGCCCGCAUGAAGGCCAGAAGGCUAUCGUCAGACAAGUACAUCCAACCGAUUCAGGAGGAGAAUGGUGUUGCUGAUCUCUCUACCCGACAAUCACCGCCGCUCGAGGACAGAGGUGACUCUGCACCCAGCUUGGGUCCCCCUUCGCCAGUAGGUAUCGACCCACGACGUGCAAGCCGGACCUCGAUUACUGGCAUCGUCUCCUACUCGAGCCCACAAACCCUUCUCGGGAAGCGAGAAAUGUUCCUGCGCAGCAAGUCACAGUCCAUGCUCUUUGCACCACCAAUACCCGAAGGCUCAGAAGUCCCACCUAGGCCUGUCAGUCAAAUAGAUUCGAGCCUCAGAUACUCGAUGUCCUCGCCUUAUACUAGCCAGGACCCUGAUGAUCUCCCGCUGAGCCAACGCAAGGAAUUGAUGCGGCAGAGCAGCAUGCUUUCAGUCAGAUCAAAUGCCGCCAACGCCGCCAACGCUCGACCAGUCAGCAGUAUGAGUUUUGCGCAGGCGCCGGGUCCCAGUCCAAGUCCCAGUCCUGUGCAGCCGGUCGGGGCCGAUGGUACGCAUUUCAACUCGCACCAACCGCAGCGACACUCUACGCUGCCCUCGCAGCUGCAACGCGAGGCUCAAAUGGCCAGCUUCCGGCAGUCCGUGGCUGCCGAGCUCCGAGCCGGCACACCAGUGGCCCCAUCUGGCAACAAUGGGCGCGAGACACCGCUGCAGCACUUUGGCUCGAUGGCUUCCUUGGUUGGGAACAUCGGGCCCCUCAACGGCAACAACGAUGUCCAGCGCAGCAUCGACCAGCAGCGCAACAUGCUGCUGUCACAACGCGAGCAGGAGGCACAGAGGAGGGAGCUAGAGCGAUGGGAGAAAGAACGGUCAGACCGCGCCUUUGAGGAAAGAAUGCGCCGGGGCGAUCUCGCCGGAGCACACCGCGACGCCAUGCGAAAGAUGCAACACAGGGUCAAAGAUCGGUAG